CACCGAGUUUGCUCGUUUCUACACAAUGAGGGGACGAUUCGUCGUGAACCCGUUCCCAACUGUGCCGCUAAGUCCGUCGGAUGAAGCUCAGUUACACGACUUGGUCAAUUCCCUCGUUAAGGCCGGUCUGGAACGAUACACGUCGUACCUAAAACACGCUACCCACCAGCUCGAUUCGCCGCGAUGGAAGCUCGUCAAGGCUCGCGAAACAGCGCGUGUGUAUAUGGAGAAACCUGCUCCGAAUAAUAACCAAGACAGCCAGGAGUUGCCUUCGUUGUUGUGUGUGGGCACGGCCCCCGGACAGCUCGAAGAUGUCAUGUUUGGAGUGGUAAACCCGACACUGGAGGUGAUGCGGAUCAAGGCGUCGUAUGUCAACGACCUGAGUGGCGCCGCAGUGUUGGCGAACGUGGAAGACCCGACACUAAACGAGCCGUUUAAGUCUCUUGUGGUCAAGUGGAUGGAGCUCGAUAUCCCACUACACAACACCAGCUUGGUCAAGAACCGCGAUUAUAUCUACGCGGAAGCCACAGAUAUUCUCGAGUUGCCAACGGGCGAGCGGAUUGGCUACCAUUUGUUGCAUUCCAUCAAUUUCCCGCAAACACACGAGUUGCCGCACCGUAUUCGCGGGAAUUUGUCUAUUUGCGGGGUUUUCCGCCAGAUUGCGGAAGACACUACCGAGAUCUACGUCACGGGAAUCAUGGACCCCGCGGGAGGUCUCGUGCGUCGUCUCGUGAUCCCCAACAUGGCCACCACGUUCUUGUCGACGCUUAAAUACGCACACUGUGGACAAAUGAAGAAGCUCGCGUGGAUGUUAGAGAAGAAAUACAAGGAGUUCCGUCUGCAUGGCACUCCCAAUAAAAAGGUACAGUGCGUGUCGUGCCAGGCCUCGAUCACAGGCCGGAAGAUCGGCGAUUUCGGCAAGACCGACGCUACAUGUAAGCUCUGCUUCGGCUACGUGUGCCACAGCUGUAAAAUCCACAAGAAAAUCAGCUUCGUCACGCCUGAUAUGCUGCUGAGCAAGAGGAAAGUCACUUUCUGUGCGCUUUGCCUUGCGGAGGUCAGCAAAUCGGACGCGUCUGAAGCUGCGCGCGCACAGAUCCUAGAGAAUUACCCUGCCAACCGACACACUUCGUCUGCGACGUCCGAGUCCGAGACGAGCGGUAGUAGCUGAAGGUACAUGUACACGGAAGAAGAGACCAGAGAACACCAUUUAUUUCGCAAGUGCAUUGCUAUCAC